AGAUGAUCGUUGUCCUAUUUGGAGUGUGUUCACGCGAGUAAUAACCGUUCGAGACGUACCGCUAUUGAGUACAGGACGUGUAGAAAAUUUUCUACGUCGGAUAUUCCUAUUGAAUCUUAAACGUGAAUUAUGGUUAUCAAGCGGCAUGUUGAAAGAAAUAGUUUAG